CUUAGCCUGUUGCGCCCUGAAAGAAAGGUACUUAUUCACCUUAAUUCCAGGGUUCCUGCUGCUGUUGCACAGUGCUGGAACCUCCAGUUACCUCUAGCCUGAUCCAGGAAGGUUCUACAACUGGAUACCCCACACCAGUAAUGGAACCUGCUUUUGGAGAAGUCAACCAGCUAGGAGGGGUUUUUGUCAAUGGAAGACCUCUUCCCAAUGCCAUCAGGCUAAGGAUUGUGGAACUUGCACAGCUAGGAAUCAGACCCUGCGACAUCAGUAGACAGCUAAGAGUGUCCCAUGGAUGUGUCAGCAAGAUUCUAGCUCGCUACAAUGAGACUGGAUCCAUUUUACCAGGGGCUAUUGGUGGCAGCAAGCCCAGGGUAACUACCCCGACCGUGGUUAAACACAUCAGGACCUACAAGCAGAGGGACCCAGGCAUCUUUGCUUGGGAGAUUAGGGAUAGACUCCUGGCAGAUGGCGUUUGUGACAAGUACAAUGUACCUUCAGUCAGUUCUAUAAGCAGGAUCCUAAGAAAUAAAAUUGGAAAUCUAUCCCAGCAAAGUCACUACGAGUCUCAUAAACAGCAUCACCAUCCUACAGCCCACACUGCACUCCAAUACAACCACCUAUACUCCUACCCCAAUCCUAUUGCUGCAGGAGGCAAAGUACCGACUCCUCCUGGAAUGGCUUCCAUACCCACUACCAUGGCCAUGCCAAGGACUUGGCCUUCGUCACACUCAGUUACGGAUAUCUUGGGAAUUAGGUCCAUCACAGAUCAAGUUAGUGACACUUCCCCCUAUCACAGUCCCAAAGUGGAGGAAUGGAAUAGCCUAACGAGGAACAGCUUCCAGUCCACCCAGCACAUGAUCAAUGGGCUGGAGAAGGCUUCUCUGGACCAAGAAGUCAAAUACAGCCAGGCAGCCAAUGGUCUACCAACAGUUGGAGGUUUUGUGGCUGCUUCAGGAAUGACUCCAUACCCCACAACGGCUCCAGUGUCGCCAUACAUGGCAUACGGUACUGCGGCACCAACAGGCUACGUGACAGGACACGGAUGGCAACAUACAGGGGGUACUCCGCUGUCUCCACACAACUGUGACAUCACUGCAUCGCUAUCAUUUAAAGGCAUGCACACGGCACGAGAAGCAGAAGAAACUAAGGCUAACAUCCAGACACGCAAAUCUCCACACUCCUAUCACACAGCCGCACGCCACGGGACAGUUGCUCAUAUGUCAAGUGCAUAAAAAUGGAGAUGCUUUCUGCGCAAGGGUACAUCAAUAUCCCUCCAAAACCCGUCACACACCUUGACUCCACAACACCUGGAGCUUUUCCUGAGAUACGG